CCUCCCACAUCAGUUUGUGCUGAAGUAAGUCGUGAACCAUGAGUUGGAUGCCUUGCUGAUUGACAGCCGUGUUCGCCCGCUCUUCUUUCCCCGCGGCGGAGGUGUCGCUGCGUGCCUGGUGUUGCGGUCGGUCCACCGGGCGGGCGCAGCGCUACACGCGGGGUUGGCGAGUCCCGGCGCUGGAAGUAGUUCCGGGUGUAGGCCGAGCCUGGUUCUGUGACGGACAGGGACUGGAAACGGGGACUGUGAGCGGGAGCGGCACGGUCGGCGGCCCUGGUACCCCACGACCAAACGGCGGCGGAGGGGGAGGAGGGCGGAUAGAGAGGAGGAAAAACCGGGCCUCCACCUCCUCCCCAGAGCGACGCCCGGAGGCCAAGCGGCAGCGGUGGAGGAGGAGGAGGAAUAAACCUACUUCCUCCAAUCAAGUGAACCAAGUGACUAGGAAUUUCCUGCAGUGUGGCUUCUCUUUUGGGAGUGAAACAACUAUUGUGUGGAUUACAAACUUUAUUGGUACCUGGUAGAGGAGUGAUUGAGCACAAUGACGUCAGAGCUGGAGAGCAGCCUGACGUCCAUGGAUUGGCUGCCACAGUUGACGAUGAGGGCAGCCAUUCAGAAAGCAGAUGCUGCCCAGAAUGUGGCUGGUGGUGGGAUUGCAAAGAAAACCCCACUUCUGGACCCAAACACUACCCUGGACCAGGAUGCACAAAACAAAGAUGGCAAGCCACCAUACAGUUAUGCCAGCCUCAUUACUUUUGCUAUCAACAGCUCUCCAAAAAAGAAGAUGACUCUCAGUGAGAUCUAUCAGUGGAUAUGUGACAACUUUCCAUAUUAUAGAGAAGCUGGCAGUGGCUGGAAGAAUUCCAUUCGACACAAUUUAUCAUUAAAUAAAUGUUUCCUGAAAGUGCCUCGGUCCAAGGAUGAUCCAGGCAAGGGCUCUUACUGGGCCAUUGACACUAAUCCAAAGGAGGAUACACUGCCCACACGGCCAAAGAAGAGGCCGCGAUCAGGAGAAAGGGCUUCAACACCUUACAGCCUGGAUUCUGAGCCUUUAGGAAUGGACUGCAUCAUCUCUGGAAGUGCCUCUCCAACCUUGGCAAUUAACACUGUGACUAACAAAGUAACACUGUAUAAUACGGAUCAGGAUGGAAGUGAUAGCCCUCGCAGCAGCCUUAACAACAGCCUGUCUGAUACAAGUCUAGCCUCUGUCAACCUGAAUAACGUUGGCUCUGUCCACAACUACGCACAGGUGACAAACCGGGCCGAUUCAGUUCCCCAAAGUCUAACACCGCAACAACAGCAAUACAACAUGCCUGAGAGGGACACAAAGCCACCCUUCUCAGAGUACAACUUUGAAGAUCUGAGUGCCUCCUUCCGUAGCCUUUAUAAAUCGGUCUUUGAGCAGUCCCUCAGCCAGCAGGGAAUGAUUAACCUGCCUUCUGAGGCAUCACAGCCAACCCACACGUCCUGUUCCUACCAGCAUUCUCCCAGCAGUACUGUCAGCACCCAUCCGCACAGUGGACAGAACAGUCUGGCCAACAGCCACGCCAGCAGCCUCGGAGGCGGUGGGGGAGGGACACAAGUGCAACUGGCACAACAUCAGAUCCACACACAACACGCUCACCACCAGCACCAUCAGCACCAACAUCCGCAGCAUCAGCCAAACCAGCAACACCAUCAGCAGCAGCAGCACCACCAUCACCAACAGCAACACAUGGCCUGCAAUAUCGGCAUUCCUUCUGAUUGGUGCAUGAAUCUGGACACUCUGAAGGAGAGUUUCCGUAUUGCUAGCAGUUUCAACUGGUCUGAUGUGGAUCUCUCCCAGUUCCAAGGUCUGAUGGAGAGUAUGAAACAGGCGGAUCUCAAUAACUGGUCACUCGAUCCUGUUCAGUUUGCGGACUUGUGCUCUUCCCUAAACCAGUUCUUCACACAAACUGGUCUGAUCCAGUCACAAGGGAACAUGCAGCCCUCGGUUUGUCACAGCACAAUGCAUUCGCAGAAACCAAACCAGCACAUCAGUACAGGAAGCUUGUACAUUGACUCCAGACAAAACCUUCCUGCUUCAAUGAUGGGGCCCCCUGGGUACCCCCAUCUCCCACCUCUCAGUACCCCAGGACCAGCCAUGACAGCAGGACACCAUGCAGGAAUGAACCAACAGCACAUGAUGUCACCUUCCAGCUUCCAAAUGCACAGACCGAUGUCUCAACAUCACAAUCCUGCAGAUGACAUCCAGGAUGACUUUGACUGGGAUUCCAUUGUCUAACUCUUCUUCCUAAGGACAAGUCUGUUGGAAGCCCUUCCUGUCAGUGUGACUCAGAUGUUCUUUUAGCUUCUUGCUUAUUGUGUUGGCCGAUGCUGGCCACAAUCGCUGGACUGCUGCCUGGACACAGCCCGACCGUGACUGUGCUAGAGAGCUGUACUUCUUGGGGGAGGGGGGGGAGAAAACACGCCUUCUGCUUGCAGUCACUACAGAAAUGUGGAAUUACCUGUCGGCCGCUCAGCGGUGGCGCAGUGGUAACAAGCAAUGAAGCAUUUUCUAAUUCUGAACAUAAUUUUCUUUCGCUUUUGUUUUUUUUUUAAAACUGAAAGGACAUAUGGAGGGUCUGAGUAUCUGAGCAACGCUUAUCUAAGUGAUGUAGCUUAGCUACGAUCUGAGAUUGCGUAGGAUGGUACUAUUUAGUGCAGAGUUUCUCUCCUGGUGUGUGACUUCAUUUGGGGGAGCGUUCCAGUAGGGGGGAUCAAACACCGAUAGGGGUCAAGGAAGCUGGCUUCUAGAUGGCCUUUCCUGGAGUAGGCCAGGAAUGCAGUCGUGAGCUGGGAGAGGCAUCUUCUACAAAAUGAGUUUCUUUUGAGACAAUUUUGUCUACAUAUGGUGCUGCAAAGAAAAAAACUUUUUUUGUUGAAAAUCCAGUUGCUGUACCAGGAUUAGUAUUGAAAUCGAUACUAGGGUACCUGGGGGAAAAUUUUCUACCGCUCCAAAGAUUGCAUUACUACAGCUUAACUUUGGAUCCCCAGCCUUUGUGCACACAACACCAGCUUCCAAAUCUGAACUGUAGGGGAUUCUUCCCAGAAAUUCUGCCUGGAUGCCUGUUAAUAAGGCUACUACAUCUCAAGAAGGUAGCAUUAUAUUUGGGGUUUGCAGGUAUCAAGUACCAAGUGCUGACGUGGUAUUGGUUAGUACCCCUGAGGUAAAUGUAUUUUGGUAAUGAGAAAAGCAGCCUGUCUCUUGCAUUGAGUGGUAGUGACUGUAAUCAAGAGAAAUCUCCCAAGGUAAACACUUAACAAAUUCUGGUGAGUUUCAUAGUCUCCAAGUCUCACUCAUGCCAUAUUGCAAAGAAAUGGAACACAGAUUGCAGGAUUUGCAAGUAGUGAGAUCUUAUGAAAUAUUGACCAUUGCCUUUCUCUCUCCUUUUGGCCAUCAUGGAAAAGGCUGCAAUGCAGCAUUUCCUUUUUGUGAAGUGCUGCAGGGGAAGCAUGUUAACCAAUUCUGCAUUUGUCAGCUAUGCAUGUUUAGUGGUGGAUAAAUGAGAGUUUCAUAAUAGAAAUCCAGGCCUGCUUUUAAUACCUGUGUUGCAUCUUUUUCGAUUUUGUUUUUAAUUGACAAGGAUGGGUUUUUUAAAUAUGCACUUUCUGGAGCAGUGCCUACUUGAUUAUUCCCCCUUUUUUAAAACAAAUCAAUUUGUUCCUUUAGUUAAGCUUUCGGAUUGCUGUACUGAUGUGUGAAUGCAAACCUUUCUCAGUGUUUACAAUUUAAAUUGUGAUUCAAGUCAAACCCCUGUUUGUAAUACACUGGGGCUCUAAGGACCCAUUCCUGAGUCAUUUGAUGGGUCUUUCCCAGCAGAGCACCUGCUUUUAGUGAUGUGCAGUGUCCUCCUUCAGCGUCCUCCUUCAGCUUCUCUUUCCUCUCCGGUUGCCUUGUUUGCAUUUGGGAUUGGAGUUAAGUGGUUAGUGUUUUUACGCUGUUAUAUUUUGCAUACACUCUAAUUUCGGAUUUGAUGGUGUCAGAAUACACAAGCUCAGUACAUUUAUAAUUGGCUUCUCGGGUAUGCUAGUUGCAGUCUAGUAACAGAAAUCCUAUACUGAAAAGUUUUGAUUUACUCAAUCUCCAUGUACCUAACAGGAUGGAGAACUUCUGCAGUUCACAAAUACCUGUGCAGUAAGACCACUAGCUAGGCCACUAAGACUUGCAUUUUAUUUGCUCUAAACCAAGAUAUCAAACUGUACGUCCUGUGACAUGUACCAUUGAACAUGAGUCUUGAAUGUUUCCUUCAAUCUUUAGAAGAGCUAUGACUCCAUAGAAGUCAUGGUGGAACAAUUCAUUUCAUAGCAUUUAACAGCAUAUUCCAGGUUUACAAUCGUAAUAAAUUCUGAACAGAGACAAAUUUUACAGCUGUGGCCUAAAACUAAAGGAUUUACAUGCAAAUUGUCUUGUUAGCUAAAUCAUCCCACACGGCAAAAUAAACCAUGCAAUUGUUUGUGCUGCUUCAAUGAGUUGCCAGGGUGCUGACUUUUUUCUUUGUCUGUGCUUUCUUGCUAUUUCUAAAUUUCUGUCUUAUUCCAUUUCUGAAACUCCCUAUUUAUAAUGGUUUAAAUACACUUUGUUUUCAAGAAAGAGAAACACAAUCUGUGGAUUUUGUUUGUUAUACAGGGCAGUUCUGUAAAUGUUUUUUAACUCUUGCUUCAGCUGCACUGGUUUUCGCCUGCUGCUUUUCCUCUUCAAUGUUUUGCUUCUGUGCAGUGGCAUGAAGGGGAGGGCUUACACAGAGGAACAUUACUGUGCAGCUCACUGGUUAGGCAUGGGAUUUUUACUUGGUUAACCCUCUUGCAUAUGUUAACCAAUUAGCUGUUCUAAGGGUUUGCAUUGUUCUGUGUGUCAGUCACUAAGUAAAACGUACAUGCAUUUUAAAUUUCGUGAGGGUUUUAACUCUACCAUAUCCCAGCUAAUCCAUAGUUUGCUGUCUAUAGAUUUAUAUCUUGUAUAGGUAACCAAUAUCCCUUCUAUAUAAUUAGAUUUCAGUUGUGAUUGCUUAAAAGCUUAACCCCUCCCCAAGUGACUACUGAAUUAGCAGUAGUCUAGAAACUAGAAUGUUAGAAAUGCACAGCAAAUUCAUCAAAAUCUGAGAGAGAAAAAUUAGUUUAUGUUCCAGUUGAGACCUUCUAUCAGAGUCCUGAUGAAGCUUCUCUUUCUAAAACUGAUCUUACUCUGGAUGUUCUGUAUGACCUGUCCUUGUGUUUCACAUGCUGGCCCUUCACAAUGUAGUUCAGAUAUCAUUGCUUUUUACUUGAUUCUUGUACUAAUAUUUGAUGAACUAAACCAAGUAGUUCAUAUUGCAAAAACUACAUUUCCUUGAGCUCCUGCAGCACCAUGGACUGAUUAGUUUAUACUUAGUUGUGUGUAGGACUGCUUCUGAAAGUGCUGUUUAAUGUAGGUACAUUUGCAUUGCUACAGAGGUCCACUAUACCUUAUCCAAUUGGGCACCACCUCUGAAUCAAGACAGAAAGUUGGCAGGCUACUUUCUGAUGAGGGCCCCCAUAGCUGACUAAUGUUAACCCCCGCCCCCGCCAAUGUCUCCACAUCGCACAGGUGCAUGCACUUUGCUACGGACGUUAGUGGAUAGAGAUCAGGUGCAGAAAUCUAUGAUUUUUUUCAUAGCCUAGGGACACUGAGAGCAGUUGUAGCAUCUUGAUUGCUCCCCCAGAAAGAUCAGCUUAGACUUUAAUGGGGUGGGGGUGGGGGUGCAGGAAUAGUGCUAAACUGAGCCAUUUUUUUCAAGUAUGACUGUGACACAGUAUCCAAAAAAUAGCAUUUGAGCCCCAAAUGGAUUUGUGCCUGUACUCUAGUUCUUUGGGAAGGUUACAGAGAUUCCAGUGAAGAUUUAAAACAGACUAAAAGAUGAUACUGCCAGAGUGAACUGUGUAAAAUCCGCUGUAGUAUGGUAAGAUAAUGCUGAAAUGGGGAGGUCAACUGGUGCACUUUUUGUAUUUAAUGAAGUUUCUGGGGAAAACAAUUAAUGUAAAUGUUUGCAUUACAAAGGUCAAUAGACAUCUCCCCUUUUUUUGCUAAUAUAUAAGCUAAAUUUACGGUAUUAAAAAUAUAUUGCACAAAAACUGCAUUCAUCCCUUCCUUUAUGCUGCUUGGUCUUGUUCCCUAUAUUGUCAAGUUUCAACUACCAUUUUAUUAUUGAAAGACUAAUACUUUACAAGAGGGUGCAGAGAUUAGUGUAGCAAUUCUAAUUAUACCUUCAUUAUAGAGCUUGUAUCAGACUGAAGCUUCAAGGAGAUGGCAUUUUUUAACAGCUCACUGAAAAAAUCCUUUGCCAAAGAUUCUUAAGCCAUGACCUGGUUUAUGGAUAAACCUAGGUUGAAAUAUUGCUGUGCACAUUUCACAAUUCAGUCAUUGUUGUUAUCUUGAAUACAUCAAAAUUUUGAUAGAAUGUUUUAUAUCAUGGUGCUGUUCAUAUGCCCAAAAUACACUGCAGGAAAAAGCAACGGCACCACUCAGUGAAGGAUUGUAUAAUGCAGCCCUAGUCUUUAGUAGAAAAUACUAAUUGCCUUUGUGAGUACGCUAUUGCAAAGCAAACUCUGGUUAAUUUCCAAAAGUUUAACACUUAGUUAAUAUUUCACCACUAUAUAUGUAAUGUAAAUUUAUUGCAGAUUUUGCAUCUAGUCUUUGAAAGUUAGGCAGUUAAGAAUAUUUUGCAUGACAAUAGGAGAGGUAUGAGCAGGCACAAAGUUAAUUAUACCGAAAAAGAUUUGUUCAGCUUCUCGUGAAAUUUUAGCCCACUAAAAAUGUUUUUUUAAUGCUGUGCACUUCAUUUUGAAACACAUUGAACCAGACACAGAAUUCAUGCAUCUAAAUUGAGGCGGUUUUAAUUAUAAAUGAAGUUAACCAGAAUCUUGUUGCCUGCUCCUGCAAAUUGAAGUUCUGGAUUGUCGUGAAUUGUUUUCAGGUCUUGGCUAGCAGCAGGUGCUGUGGCUAUAGGUAGCUGUGUAGGCUUGUUCAAAAGAUUUUCUUGGCUCUAUUUCUCCCACAACUGGAGCCAAAAUCAAUGAAAUAUCAAGCACAAGUUAGUUGUUGCGUAUACCAGCUUGGAAUAAAAAUUGCAUUUGUUGAUAGACGUGGCAAACAUGCAUCACUUUCAGAUGUAGACCUGUGCUAUUUUAAGGAAAUCUUUCUGAAACUAGAAUGAAUUAAUAACUGGUUAUCUGGGCAUAUUUUAAACAUUAGUUUGUACCUAUCAUUUUGUUGUCUCUUCACACUGUUAUUUGGACUCCAUAGUCUAAAUCUUUGACUCUGACAUUCAUUCUUUCCUUCCAAUAUACAGCAUUGCAAAAUCAAGUCCCUUAGCUCUCAGUUCCUACCUCUAAUUCUGCACUGCCUUUCACACUUUUGCUCAGCUGCUCCCUUGCCCUCUCCCUGUAAAGCCCUCUGUAAACUAAUGGGCUUUGUCGUUGCUUAGAGGUUAUUUUCUUUAGUAAUAUUCUGAACUUCAGAUCCACAGUAUUGGAAAUUCAGUACAUAAACCGUUCCAGUUCUGAAGUAUGCACUUAACAUACAAGUAUGCUAAAAUGUGAUUCUUGCCAUCUUCUCUCAUUCUCCCCUCCCUCGGCAAAAAAAAAUCCACCACAAACUUGCUUUGCAAUGGAACAGGUACUUUUAAAAGGAAGUUUCCACAUACUUCCUGCUUUUGCAGAGCCUGCCAGUAAUCAAAGUAAUUUGUUACUGCAGACUGUCACAUUUGGUUUUUAGACAACUUUACAGAAUCUGUAUGAUGAGCAUCAACAGGCCAUCUGUGUGAUAGCAGUCAACUUAUGUUGGAUAGCUUAGAUUUCUCCUUGCCCUCUGACUCCAGUUGUCUCAACGUGUCCUCUCAUCAGCCUACAAAAUAGUCUAGAAUUUCAAUCUAUAUGUGUUUAGCCAGCUUUGUUUGUUUUGGGAUAAAAGACAGAACACUGAGACAUUGGGUAGUGCCUGAAUUCUAAUCGUAAGAGUCUGUCAUUGACUGGAUCCAUUGUUUACAAAUGUUGGCACAUUUUAAAACCCUACUUUGUCAUUUUUAAAUGAAACUGCAUUAAAAUGAGCAAUGUGUUGUGAGUUUUUUAAAGUAUGUUUGUUAAAAUUUAGCUUCCAUGAGGGUGGCUCCAGCUUAACUUGAAUGUGCUGGAUUCUGACUUCCUCCAAUUUAAAGCAAAUCAAACAUGUAGAAAUGGCAAACACCUGGCAGUUAAAAGACUGUAGAAUGAGGAAAUGGUCAGUCAUUAUAUCAGUGCUCAGGCCAGGGCAUAUGGAAGUCACCAAAGUAAAGGGCUAAGCUUUUUUCCACCCCAUGCCUCUCCGUAUAAAACAUACAGAUCCCUUUGGGAAAAUAAUCUCAUCAGAAGUUUUUUCAGUCUGCACUGUUAGGAACUUUUUUAUGUGGAUAAUGUUGAGUUCUUGCUGUUUUUAAAAAAAAAAUGCAAAUAGUUUCUCUCUCAAAAAAAAUCAUCUAAGAAACAGAAGGUGGCAGCACAUAUUUAAGAUGAAUUUUUAAGCUGCACUAUUUGACAGGCCUGCCAUAAAGGGCAGCCCUACUUUGUUAUACAGUAUGUAGGAAUAUAAAUAUUACUGACUACCUUUAAAAGGUGCAUUCUAUUUUUAAUAAAAUAUAAGUAAUCACUGAAAUUGAAAACGAUAUAUAUAGGUUAACCUAUACCCUUUAAAAGCAAGCAUUAAGUUGACUGUCAGUGCCAGUGCAGUCUUCCCUUGAGUAGUGAAAAAGAAAUGCAACGCUGUGGUUGGAUGACAGCAGUGGUAUCAAAGAAAAAUACAGGAACCUGAUUAUAGACUAGCAAAGUUUCAAGACCUGUCACUGAGACUUACUUGCCUCAGUUGGGAAAUUUUGGACAUUUCACAAAUGGGUAACCAGGUGGAUUAGCAUUGAUGUUGGAAGGAAAGAAAGGGAUGGCAUUCAGUCAGCUGCCAAGCCAUGAUAAUACACGUGGUAGUGAAUGGGCCAUCAAGUAGGAAAGCAACAGGGAGCAAAUUACAAUUUCAGACUUCUGAGUCACUGAAAAUUUAUGAUCUGGGAGAGACAUUCUGCACAGAAACCAUUUAAAUAUUGGCUUGAGUGCAGACUUGGAGAGAGGCUCCAAAUGUUCAUUUUCACAGAACAAUGAAGUAAAUUUUAAAGAAAGCAUUUGUUAUAUUUGCCAUUAACAAUUGGCAGAAUCACUACAUUAGUGAUUCUUGCUGCUUUUGAAUAGCACACCUUUACAAACAGCAAGGGGGCUGCUGGAGAAGGAUGUUUGUGCUGUGCUUAAGCUCAUAGUUAGGUACACUUCAAACAAUGAUUCACUUUAUAGUGCAGUUGGUAUAAGCUGGGAUCUGACUCCAUUGACUGGAGUGGGACAGGCCCCAGUCUUGUCAUGACCUCUUUGCACUUGAGUUGAAUCUUUCAGAAGGUAUUAGUUUGAUUCCUUUGUUCCAAAAAUCCUGAUGAAUAACUUUUGUUUAUAUCCUGUUGACCUGUUGUAUAUUUAAUUUUUUAAAAGUCUUUAUUGCUUGGAAGUAAAUAAUUCAGUUUGGAGUCAGCAGCACUAACUUUUUGUUCAAGACAUGCUGGAACCCACCAAGGGUUUGUAUUGCGACGACAGAGGCUUAUAAGCCCUCUGAGAAUUUUCUUUUACUUUUUCUGUUUAUUGAAAUUUUUAAAAAGUUGGUAUCCAUUUCUGACAGCAAUGGGACAGCUUCUUGUAAAAACAAAACCAGUGUUUUUCAAUUCCAAUUUGAUUUUCAUAAUUAAAUGAAAGACUGAGCUAACAAUUGUUUUCUUUAUGAGGCUUCUUGGAACAGGAGUCUAAAACCCUUUGGAAUUGGCUUAUUUCUCUUUGUAUACACUGCCUUUUGUCUCAAUGUGAUAGCUCUCUGUGGUUUGCAGUAAAGAGGACACUUUGGCAGUUUCUGAACACAGGCUACAAGCAGGAGGAAGAUUAACCUCUUUCUAACGUAACAAAAGCAGUACUGGCUUUUGUGGCACAUUUUAAACAAAAACAAAUAAACAAGUGUUGUGGUGUUCAUGUGCUUAAUUGUAAAUAUAUUGUUUGUCUUUGAAAUUGUCCUUUUAUUUUCUGGGGUGGGAAAGGGGACAGGGAGAGAACCAGGGUUUUAUUCUAUAAAGGAAUACAGAGUAUUUUGAUAUUGUGCAUUCCAAGGGUGAUGUGUAUAUAUCUAUGAUGUAUAUAGUGAUGAAAUCAUUAUCAUUUUGUGCAACACCAGCUCUUCUCUGUACUGCUGUUCUACAGUCAGUGUUUCAGUGUUCGUAUUUUUUUGUUACUGCACGUUUUAUUAAUCCUAGCUAAAACAGAAAUGCACAACUAUCCUUUGUAUGAGUUUACUGCUGUAAAUUACUACCAAAUGUCAUUAGUCGUUGCUGCCAGUCGUGAUAUGCAUGGAUGGCACUUAUAAUAAAUGCUGUAGCUUCA